CCCAUUGGGAAUCCAUUCUUCAUUUUGCACAACUUCUCUUGACAAGCAGUUUUCUUUAUGUCAGAGAGGUGGACACUCAAGCAACUCCCCAUUUUCUCUCUCUCUCUCUCUAGAAAUUCUUUGUCAAGGUUGAAGUCUUUUAUUCAAUUUUGAAAUAAGAAUUGUUUCUCGAAAUACAGCUACGAGCUUCAGCAGGCAUCAAGUUGAGCCAUUAUGUUUGGACGGGCUCCAAGGAGGAGUGACAACUCCAAGUACUAUGAGGUUCUUGGUGUCUCAAAAAGUGCCAGUCAGGAUGAACUUAAAAAGGCAUAUAGGAAAGCUGCCAUAAGAAAUCACCCCGACAAGGGUGGUGACCCCGAGAAAUUCAAGGAGUUGGCUCAGGCUUAUGAAGUUCUAAGUGAUCCAGAGAAGAGAGACAUUUAUGAUCAGUACGGUGAAGAUGCACUGAAAGAAGGAAUGGGGAGUGGCGGUGGUGGUGUUCACAAUCACUUUGACAUAUUUGAAUCAUUCUUUAGUGGGUCUUUUGGUGGUGGAGGCAGCCGCUUCAGAGCUAGCAGACAGAAGAGAGGUGAAGAUGUAGUGCAUACGCUUAGGGUUUCUCUAGAAGAUUUGUAUAAUGGCACCACAAAGAAGCUCUCUCUUUCCCGGAGUAUAUUGUGUCCCAAGUGUAAAGGGAAAGGUUCAAAGAGUGGAGCAUCUGGGGCAUGCUAUGGAUGUCAAGGCACUGGAAUGCGUGUUACAACAAGGCAGAUCGCUCCAGGAAUGAUCCAACAGAUGCAACAUGUUUGUCCUGAAUGCCGAGGCUCAGGAGAGGUUAUCAGUGACAGUGACAGGUGCCCACAGUGCAAAGGAAACAAAGUUACACAAGAAAAGAAGGUGCUGGAAGUGAAUGUUGAGAAAGGAAUGGAACAUAACCAGAAGAUAACUUUCGAAGGGGAAGCAGAUCAAGCUCCCGAUAUCAUCACUGGAGACAUUGUUUUUGUUCUACAACAGAAGGAGCAUCCAAAGUUCAAGCGGAAGUUUGAUGAUCUUUAUAUGGAACAUACACUUACUUUGACUGAAGCUCUUUGUGGCUUUCAGUUUGUCCUAACUCAUCUUGAUGGGAGGCAGCUUUUAAUCAAAUCGAACCCUGGAGAAGUUAUAAAGCCUGAUCAUUACAAGGCAAUAAAUGAUGAAGGCAUGCCCAAUUUUGGCAAGCCUUUCAUCAAGGGACGGCUUUAUAUCCAUUUUGAUGUGGUAUUUCCAGAAUCAGGGGUUCUUUCCCCCGACACAUGCCGUAGCAUAGAGACUAUUCUACUAUCAAGACCAGGGAAAAGCUCAUCAGAAACAAAUUUAGAUGAGUGUGAGGAAACUAUUAUGCACGACGUCAACAUUGAGGAAGAAAUGAGGCGCAAGGAUCAGCGAAGACAUCAAGAAGCAUAUGACUCGGACGAUGAUGAGCCAAACGUGCAUCGUGUGGCCUGUAACCAACAGUAAGUCUGUAAAAUGCUUGUAUGUUUGAUCAUAUCCCAGUAAUUUUUUGCAGCAAAGACCACUGGUCUUUUUUUGCUUUAGGGAUGAUUAUAUAAGGGAGUUAGGCUUCCUUUAGUUCUGUUUUAUUGUUUAUGUUAAAUGUAUUUCAAUAAUCAUACAUAUUAUUGUUCAGUUGGACUUCUGAGCUUAUGAGAAAUUGAAGUAAUAUUUUCUUCAA